AUGGCUGAUCUGGAUGAUGAUCAUUAUCAGCGGUUAGAUUGUGUCGCUGAAAAAAUCAAUAAACUCGGUCAGGAUUGGUUUUUUCUGCAAAUGUUUGUGUCUUCCACAUAUUACAGUGAUGUAGAGGAGAUUAUGGAGAUUAGAACAUACUUCUUCUUGAACAUUUGUGGUGGUGUGGCGGAAAAGAUUCUGCGAUACUUUAACUUGGAAACCUCACAAGAAGUGCCAAGUAUGCUCAGUUACUGCCAAACAAAGACUGAUGAGCUCAUUGAGACACAGAUUCGAGACGCCCUGAAGGACUUACCCAUAUCACAAGUUCUUCCGAGGGGUUGUGGUGUUGUUGUAAACAAUAUAGCUUUACUAUGCGGUGAGCUGGAAAUGAUCUGCAGGUACUUGAGAUGUAUGGCUGAUUUUUGUCCACAUGAAGACACAUUUGGUGAUGCUCAUUCUGUUGUCCAGAGGAUUGUAUUUCGCUCUUGUAGUUUCUGGUUUGGUCGAAACGACCCUGAAACUGCAAAUGCUACAGCGGUUGAAAUUGUUAGUUUGCUUCGGGAGAUUGAUCCGACAAAUCUAGAGUUCCUGCAGUCACAUCUCACACUCCUGGAGGCUUCUUACAAACUUCAAGACCGAUAUGGCAACAGAGGGUGUGUUAAUGUAGUUGACUUUUGCAACUAUCUUCUCAAUGGGUGUGAUACAGGUAUUGGAAAGGAGCUAAGUUCCCUUGUUACCCUUUACAUUGAGAAUGAACUAGAGGCUGGUGAGGAGGUAAUGCACAAUUUGGUUACAGAGAUCUUGUCACUUCUUGCGGAGGCAGCCUUUCCACUCCAUAUCCUGCAACAAGAUCUUGUCGAAGAUGGCGAUAGUGUUUUAUUCACACGGGAAUUAAUCAAGCCGAAUGUAGCUGCUGCAUUGCCAUCCUGUUCAGAGUUGCGAUCAAAAGUUUGUCUUCUCAGGGCAGAGCUUUUCCUCAAACGACAACUCGUCACUCCCAAUGCCUCGAUGCUUUUCAAUGAUGAUCGAUUUUUCAAAGUCAAUAUGAUCCUCACGGACCUGGGGGCUUUUACCAAAGAUCUAAGUCAGCAAGAGAACACAGAAUUUGUGAGGCAGACUUUGGUACUUGCUGAAGAGUUGGAAAACGAGAUAGAAUCCCUUCAGAAGUCACUUCUUUCCAAGAAGACAACUGGUCCUUUUGUAAAGCUCUUACUUUUGCAGUUGCUUUUCAGGAUCGUCUUUUUCAAGGCCGAUUCGUUUUUAGCAGAGUUACUGAAGAGUGGUGACAUUGUGAAAGCUCACAAGAGGGAUGAAAUUCAAUACCUUGUUGAGGAGCUUGAUUAUUUUAAAGUGAUUGUAAAAAUGAAGCUGGCAAGUAACCCAUCAAAUGAAGCAAUUACGCAACUUGAAGUUGUCGUUGGGGAGAUGACACUUCUUUCUUACAUUGUACAUUCAUUGCCUCAAUUAAACAUAAAGGAGUUUCGGAAACAGGAAUUUGAGUCAAUCACACCCAUCAAGUAUCGUAUUGAGGAAGUUCUGUUGCAUCUUGAGUCUUUGAUGCUUUUCCUUUUGCAAGUGAAAGAUGCCAAUGUCAAGCUGGGAGAACUAAAGAACCUCAGGAAUCACAUCAUAGAGGCAGCAUAUAAACUAGAAUAUGUUGUUGAGGCAAUUGAAGUCGAUGGUCACUUGCAGGAAUCACUAUGGCUAUAUGAUGUCCUGGAGGAUAUUAGACGUCUUGAUCAACAAAUCAGCAAAAUCAGUGAGGUAUCGCAUGCCAGCCAAGUAGAAAACCUCCCACAGAUUUCAUUGCAGACAGUGUCAAGAGAUAGUACACCAGAAAUCAAUGAGAUACUGGUUGAUCUUGAUGAUGAAGAAAAUGUAAUAGUUGAUCGCCUCACCAAAAGGUCCUCACUGCAGGAUGUGGUCUCGAUUGUUGGCAUGCCCGGUAUUGGUAAGUCAACUCUAGCUAGAAAAGUGUUUAACAAUCCGAAUGUGGUGUGUUAUUUUCAUCGCCGUUCAUGGUGUACUGUUUCACAAACAUACUCCAAAAGGGAGUUGUUGCUUGAGCUAUUAAGUCAUAUUGAUGUGCUUACUAAAGACAUCAAUAAAAUGACUGAUGAUGACCUGCUAUCCAAAUUGCGUCGUUACUUGUUGAAAAUUAAGUAUUUGAUUGUUAUGGAUGAUAUAUGGGAUAAUGCAGCUUGGAAUGACUUAGAGUAUUAUUUUCCGGAUGACAGGAAUGGAAUUAGAAUUCUCAUAACCAGUCGUCGCCAGGAUGUGGCCUCAAGAAUCAAAGCUGAUAGUGAUUCGCAUCCUGUUCGUCCAUUGUCGGAUGUUGAAAGUUAG